GUUUCUUGUUCCUGGAUGGAGAUUAGGAUGGAUAACCAUUCACGACAGAAAAGAAAUUUUCAGACCUCGUAUACGAAAGGGCUUACAGUUACUUAGUCAGAAGAUCGAGGGACCGUGUACAUUAAUCCAGGGGGCGCUUCCUACAAUCCUGAAGGAAACGUCUCAACAAUUUUACAAUGAAACUAUUGAGUUUGUUAGGAGAAAUGCUGAAAAAUCCUACACAAUCCUUUCUAAGGUCCCAGGCCUGAACCCCAUUAUGCCAGCUGGAGCAAUGUUCAUGAUGGUGGGCAUCGAUAUGGAUCGGUUUGGGGAAUUUAAAAGUGAUCUAGAGUUUGUUGAACGCAUGGUCAAUGAGCAAUCUGUGUUUUGUCUUCCUGGAAUGUGCUUUAACUACCCGGACUUCAUGCGGAUCGUGUUGACUGUUCCAGAAGAACAGAUGCAAGAAGCUUGUGAAAGGAUUGCUGAUUUCUGCAGCCAACAUUAUGCGUGCUGUGAGAACGCUAAGGAGAACGACACCAAUAAUCUUUCAGAAGAAGCCUGAGGCCAAAGUCUUCAAUUUGAAACACUUCUAAAUCAUGAAGAAGUAUCCUUGGUAUUUAUACUCCCUGAAAGGAAUCUGACAAUAUAUUAAACUCGAAAUGAAAAAGAAAAAAGCCUUCACGAGCUCAUAGCUUACUAAUUAAAUGUUUCUAUAACUCUCUCUCUUUCAUUAUACAACAAUUAACUCCCAGAGGUUAGCAGCUCUAAGCUGCUCAACUAAUCUGCCAGCUAAAUUAAGUUAUUCAGCACGGCGGAAACUUCUGGAAUAACGCACAACUUGAGUUGUGAAACAUUUUUCCGAUGGCCUUGGGCAUUAAUCUACAUAUGCCUGCAACAAAGUAACAUGUAUUUAGUGAUGUCGGGUUAAUAUAUUGGAUCUUUGUCUUGGUGUUAGACUCACGCAAUAUUUAUCUCAAAUCCAAAUGUCUCUAAAAAUAAUAAACUAAUAUUCGCAGUU